AGUUCUAGACAUUCAACUGCUCUAGUACUUGGAGUGCAAAUUAGUACUCCACUCAAUCCGGGGUCUUAUCGUCAGCAUCAAUCUCUACAAGUCUCAACACGCUCCGUCGGUUCUUUGACUAGUGCUAGUAUCCGCCGUAUUCCUGUACAUCUAUUUACUCUGCAUCUCAUCUUUAUUUCUUUUUCUCUUUUUCGUCUUCGUCGUUCAACAUGGCUGCCCGACAGCCUCAGCACAUCAUCCGCUCGCUAUGUGGGCUCACCACAAUGCGCUCAACCGCAACUUCAAGGCCGGAUCUUCUGGCUUCCCAACCCACAAACCUCUUAUACUUAAUACGGCACUAUUCCCGUGCCUCUGGAACUGCAUCAGCGCAUCCGCAGCUGUCGUCUAGCACUGCCUGCUGCCAGCGUCUGCAUGAGCGAAAUAGGCACGUGCGAAUAUCGCAGCUGGCGUUCAGCCGUACCCGGGGCUCUUAUCCUCUAUAUCCCAGUCGGAAAGGCCUAGGACCGCACGCAUUUUCAUUCUCGCGGACGUUUACGAGCUACUGUUCUCGAUACGCCGAGGAAGGCGGUAAGCAGAUGAGGCAGCAAAUUUCAUUAGCCAACGAGGCCAAGGUCGGGAAGUCGUCAGAGUCCAAUCCGAUGGCGAGACAGGGAGAGGAUGUGUCUGGCUCAGGCCACAGCAGUAGUAGCGGCACAGAUCAACACGACCACGCAGACAGUACAUUCAAGCAACAGACCUCAGAUCACUCCCACGAGACAUGGAGCAGCGCCGUCUCCCGAAGACUGCCUCACCGGCCGACUAAAGAAGAGCUUUUGAAAGCCGCUUCGGGCGCGUUUGAGAGAUUCAAGAUUAGAUUCAAAUGGGUUUUGCUUCGGCAGGUUCGACCGUUUAAUAUGGACGACAUGUCUGCCUUCUUUUCAUGGCUUAUUUUGGGGAACGUGAUAUGGGUCUUGCUCGGGACAACGACUUUCUUUUCGCUGUUUAUUUUAACGGGUAACACCGUUUUCGCACAAGAAACCUUUGGACGAAUAAUCGGCAACUACCUCACCAAAGAGACAGGUGUAACUGUAGUAUUCGAGAACGCGAUCGUCCCACGCUGGAGCGACGGCGUGAUUUCGUUCCGUAACGUGUUUAUCUCCCGCCGGCCCGGAAAGAACGAUAAUCGGGUAGUCAAAGGAUCACGAGCUACGGCGGCCGCUGCUGCGGCUGCGGCUGCUGCUGCUCACAAUGGCGAGCCUGCGCCGGAGUUGGAGGAGGAAGUUGUGGAUGAUGGGAAUUACACACAGUUUGAUUUAACAGUCGAUUCGAUCAACGUGACGCUCUCGUUCCGCAAGUGGAUGAACGGCAAGGGCAUCCUGGCGGAUGUGGAAGUCAAGGGUAUCCGAGGCCUGAUCGACCGGACCCAUGUGCAUUGGUUACCGGGGGUUGAUCCGAGGUCAUACAAAAAAGUGCAUCGGCCAGGUGAUUUCGAGAUUGAGCAUUUCGUGCUUGAGGACGCGCUCGUGACGAUUCUGCAGCCGGACAACUUCCGGCCGUUUGAGAUUAGUAUCUUUUCGUGCGAUCUGCCGCAGCUGCGGCGGCAGUGGCUGUUUUAUGAUAUCCUGGGCGCAAACCACAUGUCUGGAUCGUAUGACGACUCGCUGUUUACUAUCCACCCCCGUCAGACGCUGACGAGUACCGGCGGCGGUCUGCAACCUGACGACGACCGCUACACGUGGAAGAAGACCUCGCGGCUGCGGGUCGACGGCGUGAGCAUGGACCACUUGAACCGCGGGGUGACAGAGGGCGCGUUCAGCUGGAUCUCUGACGGCGAGGUCGAUCUGAUUGCGGACGUGAUGAUUCCGUCCGAAGACCAAGACAAGAACUUCUCGCGGGUGAUGCAGGAUAUCCUGGAGCGGUGGGAGGAGACGCUGCUGAACCGUGAGCAGAAGCGGCGGCAAGACGUCACCCGGCACGAGCGCGACUACGACAUCGACGACGACGAACACGAGUUCCAGAACCGGAACUGGACGCUGCGGAAUAUGAUUGAGUACGCCAAGCAGCAGUACCAGAUCAACCGCGGCCAGAUCGAGCUCGAGGACGUGAUUUCGCUGCCGGUCAGUUCGUCGUCGGGGUCGACUAUCGGUCCCAAGCAGCCGGAGAAGUAUAUCGUCUUUGACCUGCGGAUCCAGCUUCACAACGUGCGCGCGGCCUUACCGCUCAUGCCGCCGGAGCUGUCGUACAUCAACAACGCGCUGAUCCGGCCGAUGAUUGCCUACAUCAACAACCGCAACACGUACAUCCCCAUCAACUGCCGCGUGGUCAAGAAGCUGUCCGAGUUCGACGGCAGCUGGACGAUCUUCGACAGCGGGCUCAUGGACGAUCUCUCGGCCGAGGUGUACGAAGCAAUCGCGACCAACGUGCGCGACGACGAGGAACGCGCGCGGAGGAUGAAGAAAGUGGGCAUGUGGUCGCUGCAUUUGGCAUUGCAGGUGUUUUUGAUGAGUAUCGGCACAAUCGCAAUCUAGGUCUUUUUAUCUCAAAAGUUUCUUCUUUUCCUUCUCUUUGUAUUAUAUUGUGCCUACAUUUUUUCUUUCACUUUGACGACUUUUUCUGUAUAUAUUUUCUUCCCCUCGCUUUUACUUCCAUCUUUUGAUCAAAGAUGUACGGCUUUGAUGCAACCAUGCAACCUACUCG